AUGGGGAGUGUUAUGUGUUCCAAGAGAGAUGAAAGUCAAUGGCAAGCUGUGUUAGACAAUAAUAUAUGGGAUACACAACAUGCUAAGGAUGAAAUCAGACCGGAAUUGUGGCUAACCUAUGUUGAUUUGCCGUCUCAAGUGAAGAAAUGUUUUGCCUUUUGUGCCAAAUUCCCAAAGGAUAGUUUUAUUGAAGAACGUAUGCUGGUUCAAUUUUGGAUGGCUCAUGGGUUUAUUCCAUCUCAAACUGGAAAAGAUAUAGUAUUUGGAGGCCAUGAGAUUUUGGAUGAAUUGAUAGGGAGAUCUCUUCUACAUUUUGUUACUGAUAGAGGUGAACGUGCCACCCAUUAUUUUUCCUCUGGAGGUUAUUUUAUCAACGAUGAAUUGUUUUCUGUGCCAGGUUAUAGAUUUUGCAAGAUGCAUGAUCUCAUCCAUGACCUUGCACAAUUUGUUACUGGAGAUGAGUGCUCCACAUUGCCCGAAAGAAACGAAUUCAUGAAAAUUUCAAAAAGGACCCGUCAUUUCAUAUUAAAUGAUGAUGUAGAGUAUGAUAUGAGUGAUCACCCUAGUGUUCGCACUGCAUUACUUGUCGGAAUAUACUUCAUUGGGUUGUCAAAGUUGAAGUUGCUCAGAGUGUUACAGUUGGAUUCUGAAACAAAUCUUGACAAGCUGUUGUCUACAUCAAUAGAAUAUUUGCACCAUCUAAAAUAUCUCAAUCUUUCUAAGACUGACAUAAGAGAACUACCAGAAUCAAUCUGCAUGCUUGUUAAUUUGCAAACUUUGAAUCUGAAUGGUUGUGGGUAUCUUACUAAACUUCCCAUGAGCAUGGUAUACAUGAACAGUCUUAGACAUCUUCAUCUUAGGGAUUGUUCAGCACUAAAAAUCUUGCCACCUGGUCUAAGUCAAUUGCUAUGCUGGAAAACAUUAACAAAAUACACUGUCGCAGAGAACCCAGAGAACAAGAUAGGAGAGUUACAACAUUGGAAUCUUGAUGGUGAACUCUGGUUGUAUGACAUCCAGAAGGUGAAGAAUGCGGAUGAGGCAAAAGAAGCUAAUAUGAGUAGCAGACAAAACACUAACUCAUUGUCCCUGUCUUGGGGAACAUCAGUGGAAAAUGCAGAACAAGUGUUGGAAGCCCUGAAACCUCACGCCCCAUUAAAAGUGCUCAGUUUGCAUUAUUAUCCGGGCACACAGUUUUCAAUGUGGAUUAGAGACGGACAACUUCUUCGAAAUCUGGUUAGGAUGGAACUAAAAGGUUGCCACAGAUGUGAACAACUCCCGCCCCUGGAGCAAUUACCUUAUCUUGAAAGACUCACUAUUUGUGAAAUGGAUGCCAUCAAAUACAUAAUUAAUAACACCACAAGCGAUGCAUCAUCAUUAUUCCCUGCAUUAAGGACCCUCAGGUUGUUUAAUCUGACUAACCUGGAGGGGUGGUGCGUGGAGGAGGAUGGAGAAAUUGCUCCACCCUUGUUUCCAUGCCUUGAGGACAUGGAUAUAGGCUGCUGCCCCAAGUUGAAAACCACGCUACCACAAAUUCCUACCCUCAGAAAGUUAUCCAUAACAGAAUCAUACUGCGAGAAACAAAUGGCUCUCACGUUCAAGGAGAAGGGGUUCUUCAAGCAUUUGAAAUCUCUUGAGUCAUUGAGUUUAACGAGAUGUGAGGAGUUGGCUUUGUUGCUGGAAGACGAAGAGGAGACGAGAUCCUUCACCUCAUCACUUCAUAGUUUAAGCAUUUCUGCUUGCGGUCAGUUCUCAUUAUCACUGGCUUUGCGGAACCUUACCUCUCUUAGAGAUCUCAAAAUGAAUCAUUUUGAUGAGCUGGUGUCCUAG